UGAUUGAUUUAGUAAUUGCAACAGGCAUCCUUGUUGUCUGUUGCAAAAAACAAGAAAUUUUUGGCGAAUGUUGAUCGUCAACCAAACAAAAAUUAAUGUCGUUAUUUACUUACACUUGGGUCACACGGGACUGGGUCACAGUCGCAGGUCUCCCGCCCUGGUAACUCGAUAGCUGAGUCUCAAGGCUAUGUGCGUUUGUGACGUGCCCUGUGCAUUUCCUACUUGUGGAACGUGCAUCCGCGAUGGAACUCACGUCACGAUUCCAUAAUCAACUGCACAAGCGGAAGUUUGGAUGCUUAUUAUGGAAACCACAAAUUUGUUAUUUACAACAUUUACAACUGAACAAAACCACACAGAGAAUCUGACGGUUCUGACGAUUGUGACAAAACGUUAAAUCAGUGAUCUGGAUUAGUUUUAAUGGCGUAAAGGCAGAUCUGCAUCCAGUCUACUAACAUUUUAUAUGAUCCUGUUUUGUGUAUUUGUUCGAUCCUGCAAGAGAAAAGCCAUAUAAUCGCAGUUUCCACCGGACCACUUUAAUAACACCAUCUGACUUCGAGACACUUGCCAGCGAAGUGAGCAAAGCCGUAUGAAUCAAUAUGGAGGAAGAAGAGCCCAAGGAGCAAGUCCAGGAGCUGCCCAAGGAACGGCCUAAGGAACAACCCAAGGAGGAACCUGUGAUACAGUUUAUUGGCCUAUCUCUCUUCUCCGAUCUUCAUUACGUUCCUGGCAUUGCUCAAAAGCUCCCUGCCGUGCCUGCCUGCAGGAAAAAGCUUCCUGGUCUUCCGAACAGCAUUUUGUACAGCGGAUCGCGAUUUCAGGGAUUCCAAAAGUCCCGAGGAAAUUGCUAUGAUGUCGAAGUUGUUCUGCACAAUGUCGAUCUAGCCAGCUCGUUCUUGUGUGGAUUUCUGAAGAUUAAGGGACUGACGGACGAAUAUCCUGUCCUGACUACGUAUUUUGAUGGAGAAAUUAUCAGUGAACGCUAUCCGUUUCUUACAAGAAAAUGGGAUGCGGACGAGGAGAUGGACAGAAAGCACUGGAUGAAAUUCAGUUCUUUCCAGCCGUUCAACAAAACCUUCAACAGUGAUACCUUCAGCUACGAUGUGUUGAAAGAGAACGAUUUCGUGUACAUGCGUUGGAAAGAACACUUCCUCAUACCUGACCACAACAUCCGAGACAUUAAUGGAGCCAGCUUCGCUGGUUUUUAUUAUAUCUGCCUGCAAAAAAGCCUAGGCACAAUCGAGGGACUGUACUAUCAUCGUUCCUCCGAGCUUUAUCAAUCGUUAAGCCUCAAGCAUAUUUCGGCUUGUAACUACGAAGUUUAUCAGUUCCGAUGAAUGACACACAGUGCUUCUAGGAAGAAUCACGGAUGGUAUGCGGCGGGAUAUUUUGUUGGAUAAGCAGCACCAGUGACUAUAUUAGUAGUCGAAAGAGGUUUAUUUGAUAGAUUUCUUUUAGUUUCGCCUGACUAACCUUUGGAAAAUGUCUCUAUUACAGUCGUGAGUAUCCGGUAUUUAUCGAUUUGCGUAUGGCGCAUAAUUGGCUUUUGUUUGCGUGUGGACUACUGCUGACCUGUACAUAAUCGUGCGAAAAUUAACUACUGUAGUGCAUCGGUGUCACGGUGUGUUAUGAAUUUUAUUUUGGUGAAUUCGAGUCUAUGACUAUUUUUGGAUGAAAUUAUUGUGAACGUGUUGUUUACGCAUCGAAAGCGCGAAGAUAAACUGAUCAUUGAAGAA